UAAAUAAUCAACAAUAAUAAUGAGAUGAUUAACAGAAGCAAUGGCAUACAAAUUGCAGUGGGUGGGUUUUAUUUUAACUGUAUUAUUUAUUCUCGUCGACGCCAAAUCAAAUCGUACAUGUCCUUACCAAGAAGCAAUUCUACCAUGCAGAUGUCUUCAAAGGCAAGAAGAAAUCCAAAUUUGGUGCUCUCAUAGCAAUUUACCAAAAACUUUAGAAGCUCUCGAAACGGUAAGCAAAUACAUAAAAGGUCCUAUUGACGAACUAAUUCUGGAAAAUAACAACCUUCCGUCCCUGCCUGGAAAGGCAUUUUCUUCCCUAAAAAUAAUGCGCCUCAUGUUUCGAAAUAAUCAACUGGAAAGAGUGUCAAACACUUGGUUAGUAGGACUAGAAGAAGUAUUAAUGGAACUCUUCCUCGUUGAGCCUACUCUAAGAAGUCUUCCAGACGAUUCUUUGAUACAUUUAACCAAGUUGGAAGCAAUAACACUACAUAGCAAACAUCUGAAGAGAGUUCCUGAUUUUUCCGGUUUACCGAAACUACGUUAUGUUCAAAUUGAAUCCACAUCGUUAACUGAUCUAUCUUCAAGGCAUUUUCGUAAUUUGCCAGCACUGGAAACGUUCCACGUAACUAAAAGUCCCAGAUUAGCAAGGCUUGAAAGUGGUUUAUUAGAAGCAUUACCUAAUUUAUCUUUAGUCAAUAUUUCUUUUUGUGGGAUAUCUUGGAUUCAUCCCAGAGCAAUUAGUCAUUUGCCCUCUUUAAUAGACCUAAUACUAACUGGCAAUAAAAUAACGGAAGCGGCAAUGGUAGGAAGAAGUAUCAAAGAUCUUCCCGUCCUUCAGAAUUUAUACUUAGAUCACAAUUUUAUAGAAAGACUAAGUGAAGCUUCGUUUGUCGAUCUUCCAUCACUGAAAAAAUUACACCUAUCCAACAACCAAAUAACAGAACUGCAUCACGGUGCUUUUCACAAAGUUCCUAAUCUGCGUUUCAUCGACCUAAGUAAGAACUUAGUCCAUCAGGUCCACCCCGAAAGUUUCCUACAACAUUCUGGAAGUGGUCUGGAGGAGUUAUGGCUAGUGCAAAACGACAUAACUCACAUCGCAGAAGUCAGAUCUUUGUUGGACGCAUUACCACGACUUACUUUUCUCGAUCUUAGCUAUAACAAUUUGGAUGCUAUACCGUUCGGAGUCCUUAGAGGACAUCCCACUUUAGAACGGCUACAUUUGGAUCACAACAGAUUACGAAUUAUCGAUAGAGAAGCGUUCAUGGCUAUGCCGGCUCUAACAGAAUUAAGACUGAAAAAUAAUUCCCUAUCCGACAUUUUAGUAGGUCCUUUGUGGAAUUUACCAAACCUCAAAGGACUAGACCUAUCGGAAAACUACAUUCAAAGAUUAGAACCUCCAUUUUUAGAAAACCUGCCAUCAUUAAGGCGACUAGAUUUAAGUGGAAAUGGAUUGAUGGAAGUAGAUCCAAAUGCUUUUCUAGAAACUCCUGCUCUAGAACACAUUAAUAUAUCCCAUAACGAGAUCGAAUCUUUACAUCCUGCCACCUUUAAUCAUUUACUAAACCUUUACGAACUGGAUGUGCACUUCAACAGAUUAAAAGAUUUCCUGCCAGGUCUUCCAAGAACUCUAGAGUAUUUAUAUUUGUCUGACAAUCAAAUUAAUUACAUUCCACCAACUUCAUCGGCCGAUCUUGACCUACCAAACCUAAAAACCCUGGAUUUAACAAUGAACCGGUUGCAAGAAAUUCCUCCAGCAAUACUAGAAUCUCUGCCGCAGUUAAAAAGGCUUCUUGUAGGCAAAAAUGAAAUAUCACAUCUAGAAGGGAGCACUUUUAAGGGAAUUGCAAAACUCCAUCAUUUGGAUUUGAGUAAAAACCGUAUUAGCGUCAUAGAAAGUGACACAUUCGUAGAAUUACCCGACAUGAAAGAGCUUAAAAUACGUGAAAAUAAUUUGGACACCUUAAAGGUAGAAGUAAUAAGAGCCAUGCCAAAUUUAAAACUUUUAGAUAUAAGUAAAAACAAACUGAAAGAAAUCUUACCGAAUGUUUUUGAAAAGACAAGAGCAAUAGAAGUACUUAAGGCGUCUCACAAUUUAUUAACCGAUCUUCCUGCUUCUAUGUUUGGAUUAAAAUUAUUACAAAUAAUAGAUUUAAGUUACAAUCAGUUACGUAUAAUAAGUCCUGACGUCCUUAAAACAUUAGAUUCGUUAACAGAAUUGAACCUAUCACGAAAUUUAAUAGCUGAACUUAAAUCGAAUGCGUUUCACAAUUUACCCGUAUUAGAAAUUUUAAAUUUGGAAAACAAUAAUUUGGAAAUAAUUGAAACGAACACGUUUCACAUGCUUCCACGCUUAAAAGUUUUAAUAUUACGACAAAAUAAACUUCAAAUGAUUCCAAACCGAUCAUUCAACAGUUUGCCGUCACUUCAAGUGGUCGAAUUGCAAGAAAAUCAUCUUCAUAAAAUUGCCGAUCACGCCUUCCAUUUGGUACCCAAUAUGCUUUUACUGAAUCUAAGCUACAACUUGUUCGUUUCGGUGGAAAAUGCAGGAUUAAGGGCUUUAAAAUCUUUGGAAAUGUUAGAUAUGAGUAACAAUGGAUUGGUAAGAAUUUCUAGUUCGAGCUUCGAGCUAAUGGAAUGGUUAGUUGAAUUGAAAUUGGACGAUAACAGAAUAUGCGCGAUACAUGGUACGCCGUUUAAUUUGAUGUAUCGAUUAAAAGUCCUAAGUUUCAAAAAUAACAGACUAUUGUCUUUCCCUGAAAAUGCUGUCCGAAAAUUACGAGGAAAUUUGGAAAUUAUUGAUGUUAAUGGAAAUCCGUUGGUGUGCUCUUGUAACCUUUUAUGGUUAAAAGUUUGGGUAGAAGAAACUUUCCAAAAAGGUCCAAUUUGUGGAGACGGUACCCUUCUUCGAGAAGUUCGUCUUAGUCAGCAGGACUGCCGUAAAGAUGACAACAAGAUGGAACCCAUAGCUCCCGAAUGCGAAACAGACUUAAAUAUGGACAACAGACUAUUGGGUACUUCCCAAGUAUUCGCUCAGAAGAAUAAUUUAAAAAGGAAUAAAACCGCAAUUACCGAUCCACCUAACGAACUGGUACCAUCACCUCAAGAGUCCGAGUACUUCUACGACGAAUUUAUUGACUAUCCAAUUAACGAAACAGUCCUAGAAACCAUACAACAAGAAAAAGGGCAAAUUCUGAAAUCUCCCCAUUUUACUCCAGGUGAUACUCCCACUUUAUACGCGGCUACAAGGAACAAAACCAGGAUCAAAAAUAUCUUCUCGGACAUCCCAAGGAAUGUAACAAAUUCACCAAGUAGCAGUGGUUUUACAUUUUUUGGUCUGCCUCUGGGUAAUUUUGCUUUGAACAAGUUCUGGGGUCCUAAAGGAAGAAUGUCGGUAUCCCCAAAACUGGACGAAGAAUUUGAACGAAAAAAGGCAAUGAUUUUAAACAGUGUACCGCCUAAAUUCAAACUACCAAAUUUACAAGAAGGUGGAUUUGUUCCUUUUAUUCCUGGUACAGGUGGUUUCACACCCAUCCCGGGUCCAGUUAUUAAAAAAAUUGAAGAAAAAACAACCAGUUUUAAGAACAAAACCAGCAUUGACGAUGAAGAUUCUCCAAAUAUACGAAGGGGAGGUACAAUUACGUUAACGGGAGUUAAAAAAACAGUCGAAGAAGAAUUUAACAUCGAAUCCUCCACAGUGGAAGAUAAAAUAACUUCUGUGAUAAUUACCACAACCGAAACCCCAGCAACAAAACUAGUAACCAAGUUAGACAUUAAUCCGACAGUUAACUUUGAGAAUAUUAAUAAGGAAACGCCCGCAGGGUUAUCUGAUUUCAAUAUUAGCACUUUAGGACCUACUUUUUCAACACCUGUUAGAAUAUCACCAAAAUACGAAAGAAAAAAUGGUAUGUCCACCGACAAUGACGAAACUAGAAUGAAAAGUUCAAUUUUUACCUACACACCUGAACCAACGGAAAGGGACAUUUCGCUUAUAGAAGAUAUAAUCAAAAAGACAGAGGCUGUUAAAAACACUACCAGUCUAAACUUAGGAAAUCCGCCCAGUAUAAUACCACAGGGGGGUAAAUUUCGACAUACGGGUAAAAUCACACGUAUCACACCUCCUCACGUUUCUUCGCCGCUUCAAUCAAAUCAAGACAUUUCUAAUAAACCAUCCGGUUCGAGAAAGCAUAACAAAAUGAAACAAAGUGAAAAAGCUACGAUAACUGAAACCAACGAUGGAACUAAGCAAGACGACUGGUAUUUUGCAAAUUAUAAUAACGACAACCCUAUAAACGAAAAUGAUAAGGAAUUAUCGCUCGAAAAUUCUAGUGAAAGUAACAAUUCAUCAGACAUUCAGAGUCUUCACGAAUAUUUUUGGAGGCGCAAAUUAUUUAUUGUCAUACUUGAACCACAGUAA